AUGGCGUGGCGAUCGCUGCGGCGGGUCGGGCCGGUCCUGGCGCCGCGCUGCCCGCUCCUCUCGCCGCAGCUGCCGCCGCCACUGCGGGUGCCCGCUGCCCGGAGGUUGGCCACCAGCUCGCUGGUGUUGUCCGCCCGCAAAUACACAGACAAGCAUGAAUGGAUAUCAGUUGAGAAUGGCAUUGGAACAGUAGGAAUCAGCAAUUUUGCACAGGAAGCAUUAGGAGACGUUGUUUACUGUAGUCUUCCAGAAGUUGGGACAAAAUUGAGUAAACAUGAUGAGUUUGGUGCUUUGGAAAGUGUGAAAGCUGCUAGUGAACUCUACUCUCCUCUCUCGGGAGAAGUGACUGAGGUUAAUGCUGCCCUUGCAGAUAAUCCAGGGCUCGUCAAUAAAUCUUGUUAUCAAGAUGGCUGGCUUAUCAAGAUGACUGUGGAAAACCCUGCUGAACUUGAUGAACUGAUGAGUGAAGAUGCCUAUGAGAAGUACAUAAAAUCCAUUGAGGACUGA